UUUUUCAAAUUGAGACAAGCGCGUCAGGCGUCUACUUUGCGGUGUGUUUUAUGUCGAAAAAAAAUAACCAAUAAAUUUCAAGUUUGUUGAAGUGAAUUAAGAUAGCUACCAGAUAAAUAACGAAAUAAUAAACGAUUUGAUUAUUGUCCACUAUUAAUUUUCGGCGAAAAAAAUUGUGCGUUUUGUGUGUUAAUUUAUUCAAUUAAAUUGAAAUUUGUGCUUGAAAAAUUUCGACAUUUUUCAUUCAGUUUUCAAAAUAACAGAGAGAAGAAAAUAAAGAAGUUGAUUGAAUUUGAAAAAAAAAAAUGGCUUCAAAAACAAAGCAUACGGGUCGUUCUCAGACGCCAACGGUGCCGAAAUCAACAUCGACACCAAAUCCACGCUCACAAAGCCCAUUAAGUCCGACGCGCCAUAGUCGUAUUGCUGAGAAGGUUGAAUUGCAAAAUCUUAAUGACCGUUUGGCUUGCUACAUUGAUCGUGUUCGCUUCUUGGAAGCCGAAAAUUCUCGUUUGGGUGUUGAGGUGGAGACCAUCGUUGAAACACACACCAGAGAAAAGUCCAACAUCAAAUCGAUGUUUGAAUCUGAGCUGUCCGAUGCGCGUAAAGUGUUAGACGAGACGGCUAAAGAGAAGGCUCGAUUAGAGAUUGAUACGAAGCGUUUGUUUGAGGAUAAUGCUGAUUUGAAAAAUCGCUUGGAGAAAAAGACCAAGGAAUUGAAUGCAGCUCAAUUGUUUGAGCAACGUUACAAUGAUUUACAAGCAAAAUACAAUGCAGCUGUUGCCGAUAAGAAAAAGGCAAUCGAUGACAACAAAGAUCUUGAGAAUGAGAUUGCCAAAUUGAGGGCCGCUUUGAACGAUUUGCGCAAGCAUUUGGAAGAAGAGACAUUGGCUCGUGUGGAAACAGAGAACACUGCACAGUCGUUACGCGAAGAAUUGACAUUCAAUAGUCAAGUUCAUUGUCAGGAAUUGAAUGAUACACGUAAACGCACAAUGAUCGAAAUCAGUGAAAUUGAUGGCCGUUUGUCGGAGCAAUACGAAGCCAAAUUACAAAAGUCAUUGCGUGAAUUGCGCGAACAAUAUGAAUCGCAAAUGCGUGCCAAUCGUGAUGAAGUUGAUUUAUUGUAUGAUGCCAAGAUUAAGAAUUAUCAAGGUGAAGCAAGCCGUGCCAGUGCCUCAGCUGCUGCUGCCAUUGAAGAGAUUCGCACCACUCGCAAUCAAAUAUCAUCGUUGAAUGAAAAGAUUGCCGAAUUGGAGGGUCAAACUGGCACCUAUUUGGCACGUAUUCGUGACUUGGAGGCAUUGCUUGACAACCAAAUUCGUCAUCGUGCCGACGAUGAGGCUGAAAUUCGUCGUUUGCGCGAAGAAAUGGCCCAACAAUUGCAAGAAUAUCAAGAUCUUAUGGAUAUCAAGGUUUCAUUGGAUUUGGAAAUUGCCACUUAUGGUAAAUUGUUGUCCGGCGAAGAGGAACGUUUGAACAUUUCAAACCAAUCGACCACCCAAUUUCAACAGUCAUUUGGACGUUCGGGUCGUGCCACACCAGCUGGUCGUGGUACACCAUCACGGGCCGGUAAACGCAAGCGUACUUUCCUCGAUGAAACUGAUGAAGUCAGCACCAGCGAUUUCUCUGUAUUGUCAGCAUCAAAGGGUGAUAUUGAAAUUCAAGAAUCAUGCCCCGAAGGUAAAUUCGUUAAAUUGUUCAAUAAAGGAGAUGCCGAAAUUGCAAUCGGUGCAUGGCAAUUGAAACGUAUCUCUGGCGAAAAUGAAACCAAUUUCAAAUUCCAUCGUUCGGUCAAAAUUGAGUCGAAAGGAACGGUAACCGUUUGGUCAGCAGAAACAUCAACCACACACGAACCACCAGCAAACAUUGUUAUGAAACAGAAAUGGUUCCCAGGUGAAUUGAUCAAAACACAAUUGAUAAAUGCUGACGGCGAGGAAGUGGCCACCAAUGAACGGAUACGAAAGGUUUUGAACACACGUGCCACUCGUGUUCGAUAUGGAGAAGAUUUGCACCACCAACAAGGUGAUCCACAAACCAAUGGCAACGAGAAAUGUUCGAUUAUGUAAAGUAGCUGUUGCUCUGCACACCAUGUACGUCCCAUUUAUAUCAUCAAAAUAAAUGGUCAUCGAAUGUUACACAUAUGCAAAACACAGACGCAGAUAUAAAAAACAAUUUGCAACCGAGAAACUACAUUAUAACAUUGAAAGAGAUUUGACAAACAAAAAACAAGGAAUGAAUUUAUUUCCACAAAGAAAUUAUUUUAUUAGCAAUUUUUUUUUUCGAUGAUCAAAUAAAAAAUCAUUGUCUUUUUUUUUAAAGAAAGUACAUACAAUUAGGUCAGAGUAUCAGUCAAAUGAAUAAGUCAAGAUAAAACAGACAAAAAACAACCCCAAAAUUGUUCAUGGUACACAAAAUAUAUUGGUAGUAGUAGUAAGAAUGAUAAUUAGCGGGGCAGAUGAAUCAUAAGAACCACCAGUUCCACAAUAGAGUGUAAGACGACAAAAUUAAUAGAAUAGGAAAAACUAACAAAACAACAGAAUUUAUAUAGGUACAAAGAUCACAUUAAUCCAGAAAAUCAAUUUAUGCCCGAAAUUAAAACACCACAAUCCCAAAAUGUAAUGUCCGAGUGAAAAUGUCCUGCGUAUUUUUUGCUUUGUCGACGUUUAAUAUUUGCAUUUGUUUCUCUUUAUCAUUUUACAUUUCUAUUAAUAAAUAAAUAUUCAUUCAGUUUA